GACCUCCGGCACCUGAACAGCAGCGUUGCAGGAGUUCAGUCUGAAGCCGGCGCUUGUCGGGUGCUGGAGAAGAGCUCCGCGGAGGAAGAACACUUUCGAGGGGGAAUUUCGCCUCGAGGAAGACAAGAAGAGAGGGGAGGGAAGGGAGGGAAAGAGGGGGCACCCAUCCAUCCAUCCAUCCACCCACCCGACUCCACUCCACUCCACCCCGAGCUGGCGCGCUCUUCACAUGCGCAGAGGCCACGCCACGCGACCAGCCAUGCGCCCGCCACCGCCGCGGCUGAGCCUCCUGCUCCUGAUGCUCCUCCUGGCCUCCUCUUGCCCGGGAGAUGCCUCCACUGCUUCAGCUGGAACUACAAAAAGUGGGCCCACAGCAGCUGCGACCACAGUCAAACCCAGCCUUGCACCUUCUGGAAGCCCUGCUUCUUCAACACUCCAACAAACAACUUCAAAAGCUCUCCUCGCCACUACUGCCAGUAUGACCACAGUUAAGAGUGUCCCCUCUUCCACCACAAAAGAAACACAGAAAACCACUUUGGGUGCCUCCACAAGAGCACCCACUACAUCAGCAUCGACCGGUAUCAAACCACCUUCUUCAUCUGUGUCGAGCAAAACUACGGGGGCAGCGAGCAUCACAACGGCUUCUAAACCACCCACAAUCCCACCAACUUCAUCUCCCGCUGGUCCAAAAGGAACAAGUCCAUCCAUUCUGCCCAGCAGUGAUUCAUCUGGCAGAGGGACGACGAGACCUCCUCCAACGUCUUCGCUGAAGAGCACAUUAUCUGCUGUUGUCGCCAAAGUACCAACUACCCCUGGUGCCACUACAAGUCACAGGCCCACCACAGCUCCGGGACAUGGCAGCGGUGUUGUGCCUCCGGGAAGUGCCACUACUACAAAGGAGAAAACGACUGGUCUCCCUACGGUGUCCGUUGUGACAACCACAAUGAAGCCAGGGCCUAUAUCACCCAAGGGAUCAGUGCCAACAACAGUGACAAAACAUGAAGGAAAGAUAGACAGUGCAACCACAUUGGUUCCAUUGGGAGCACCAACGCCUACCCCAGAUUCAAGCUAUACGGCUGCAGGAACCACUGGUGCAGCAACACACUCUCCAAAACACCAUCCUCCAUCUCCUCCCAGUGGGACUAUUCAUGCUCCAUUUCAAGCCCAAACAAAGGUUGUUUGUGAGAAGGCAAUGCCAUCUGAAUACCCAGGGAUUAUUCUGACCUUCAAUGAAUCCACACCAUGCAGCAGCCUCGAAGGGAGCCUGCUCAAAGAGCCUCUCCUGCACGAACUCUGCCGGGCCGUGAAGUCCAGCUUCAACAGGAGCCGAGAUGAUUGCACAGGGAGCUUCGCCUCCAUUUCCGACGACCCCAAAAAACUGGCCGUCCUCCGCGUGUCUGUGACAACACACUCGGAGGAUGAUAAAUUAUCAGAAUCUCUGAUCAUUGGAGAACUGGAGAAGCUUGGCCUGACCAACUUGACCUAUGGUGGGAAACCCCUGGACAAUGGGGACGACCCCUUCAGCCUGCCUUUGAUCAUCACCAUCGUCUGCAUGGCGGCCUCUCUCCUCCUCGUGGCCGCCAUCUACGGCUGUUGCCACCAGCGCAUUUCCCGGAGGAAGGACCAGCAGCGCCUGACGGAAGAGCUCCAAACGAUGGAGAACGGCUACCACGACAAUCCGACGCUGGAGGUGAUGGAGACCUCGGCUGAAAUGCAAGAGAAGAAGGUGAACCUGAACGGGGAGCUUGCCGACAGCUGGAUCGUCCCCAUGGACAGCCUGACGAAAGAGGACCUGGAGGAGGAAGAGGACACGCAUUUGUAAUCCAAGAGAGAGGGAGUUGGAGAGGAGAGAGGAAGAGGAGGAACUGCAUACUAAGCAAAAAAAUAAUAAUAAUUGAAAUUUCAAAAAUGGAAGACUCAAAACUUGCAGCCACAAGUGCCGACACGGAAAGGAAGAAAGCUUCACGAUGGGCGUCCGCCGUGGCCGAUUUCGUUUUGUUCGUAAACCUCAUUGGCUUUCCCAGCAAAAUUUUAUGUGUAUGUGUGUAUAGAUAUAUAUAUAUAUUGAAGACAGUGCCUCCUAUUUAAACGUUGGUUAGGAUUGUCAGGAAAGUUCAGCGCUGAACAAUCCAAACCAGAGAAGAAGGGUUAAAAAGGGCUUUUUUGUGGAUGCAAAGGGACGCGGAUGGAUUGGCACAACCCACCGGGAGGCUGUCUUUCCUGCCAUCGAUUGAAGGCUGUUCCCUGCAGAGAGAAGGAAAGGAAUCCCAGCAAACGGAAGGAGUUUUUGGGGAUGGAGGUCAGGGCUUCCUUCGGUUAGGUGGGACCUGGGCGCAUUAUGCAAAACUUAACCUUAUAUGCAAAAUGUCACAAUCUGAAGAGUUAGUGCACACAUAACCAGAGUGAUGGCUUUUGACACCUUCAGGAACCUUUGAAUAUGUCUAGAUGUAGGUCAUUAGGGUUGCAGAAGGAGGGCAGAAUUAAGGACUAAGAGAAUGGAGCAACCGACCUACGAGCAAAGGUUGUAAUUGUUAUUGUGUGCCUUCAAGUUGUUUCUUACUUAUGGCAAUCCAAAGCUAAACCUGCCUUGGCAAUUUUUCUUCCGAGGAGGUUUGCCAUUGCCUUCCUUGUGGGAUGAGGGAGUGUGACUUGACCCAAAGCUACCCAACGGAUUUCCGUGGCUGAGAGACAACUUGAACCAGGGUCCUAAUCCAACACUCAAACCAUGGUAGCACAUUGGCUCUAUAAGGUUACAGUAUUGGGGUCUAUUUCUCUGAAGUCAAAUAAGUGGAGAGAUUAGAAGAGAGAUGUAAAAUUAUGCAUGGCAGGGAGAAGCAAUUCUGCAUCUCAUAAUACUAGAACUCAGGAUCAUCUGCUGAAGGUAGAUGGCGAGAGAUUCAGGAGAGACAGAAAGGAGGACCUUUCUAUCUAUGUGCUUGAAACUGGUGGCUGCUCAUUGGGAUGGAUUUAGAUCAGUGGUUCUCAACUUGUGGGUCCCCAGAUGUUUUGGCCUUCAACCAGAAAUCAGCUGGUAAUCUGGCUGGGAUUUCUGAAAGUUGUAGGCCAAAAUAGUUGAGGACCCAUGGGCUGAGAACCACUGAUUUAGAUGGAGGUAGAGAAGUGUCUUGCUGAAGGCUUUCAUGGCUGGAAUCACUGGGUUGUUGUGAGUUUUCCGAGCUGUAUGGCCAUGAUCCAGAAACAUUUUCUCCUGACAUUUCACCUGCAUCUGUGGCAUGCAUCCUCAGAGGUUGUGAGGUCUGAAACAUCAAGAGGGAAUGUUUCUGGAACAUGGCCAUACAGCUCAGAAAACUCACAACAACCCAGAGGUGGAGAAAGGUUACAGCAGUCACCAGUGAUUUUGAGUCAGGGUGGCUACCUUUUACUUCCAUCAUGAACCUGUGUAUCAGUUCUUGGAGAACAUGGAAGAGAAGUUGAGGUUACUCAUGGCCUACUAGUAUGUUUCUGUAGAAUCCCAACUAGCCCAAGAUUGAGUAGAAGAGAAGAGAAUCAUAGAAUCCAAGUGUUGGAAGAGACCUCAUGGGCCAUCCAGUCCAACCCCAUUCUGCCAAGAAGCAGGAAAAUUGCAUUCAAACCACUCCUGACAGAUGGCCAUCCAGCCUCUAGUCUUCACCCAGCAGGACCCUGAUGUUCUGCCAUUCUCUUGGAUCAAUUUGGGGAGAAAAUCCCAGGAAACCCAGAGAAAAUUUAACUGAUGAAACAGCCAGUUGGUGGCUUCAUUUUGUUUCACAUCUGGGAGGAUGGAGUUGCCUGCGGACAGGAAUCAUGUGCGAUGAACAGCAAACAUGAUCUUCCAUUCUGCUGCAGAUCUGUCCAAGGUUAAGUUGUUUCCUCCCAAACAAGUGUUGGGGCCAAAUCAGUAUAAAUUCAUUUAAUGUGCCCCCAAAAUAAUUUGCUGUGAUAUUUAAUUUUUUAAAAGACUCUUUUUUUCAAAACCUACAGCAAUAUCAGCUACUUUUUGCUUUCCAAAAAACACAGGGAGAGGAUUUUGUGCCUUUGAGAUGCCUGGCUAAUCCAUAGGCCCAUUUCGCUGUAUAUAUAAUCAUAAGUCAUGACAUGCAUUGCAUGGGUAGAAACCACUUCUGAGGAGGGAACUUUCACCAGUACGGCAGAAAGGAAAAUUUAAACUCUUCCCUCCCAAGCAUUUUUUUCGGAGGAUAGGUGCCACAGUGAUUUUAUUUGGGAAUUAUGGUUGAGACAGAAGAAGUCAGAUUUAACUCCUAUGUAUGUUGCAAACCCCAAAUCCCUCCUUUGCUGUUACAUUUUUUUCAAAGUGGGUUGGAAUUCAGUAUCAGAAUUAUGUCUUUAUAAGUGGAUUUUAUAAGAAAAUAGAAUGGAGUAUUUUCUCAAUGUUUGUAUUCACCUGAAGUUGUAUAUGAAAACUUCAUAUAUAAGUUGAGGGCAUGUAUGGGGGCCUGAAUUAUGGACUGUGGUGUUGGGAGGAAAAUUCUGAGAAUGCCUUGGACCAUGAGAAGAUCCAACCAGUCCAUACUCCAUGGAGGAAAUAAUGCCUGGCUGCUCACUGGAGGGAAGGAUAUUAGAGGCAAAGAUGAUGUACUUUGGUUAUGUAA